AUGGAAAGGGACGGCCACAGAGACACGGGGAGGUCGGGCGACAGCGGCAGUGGCGCAGGGGGGAAGCGACGGUACGGCGCUGACGAUGACACCGAUGAUGCCGAUCAUGGCGCAGAUAGAGGGGAGCGAGAUGAGCACGACGAUGCAGAAGAGCAGCAGGACACAAAGAAGAAAGUCAAGAGGAAGCGAAAGAGUGGAGAACAUGGAGCUUCAUCCGACGCCGGGAGGCUGAGCCGCAAGGAGGCGGUGCCGCACAUCAAGCGCUGGUUGCGGGAGCAUGUGGUGGAGCGCGAGGAGGGAUCUCUGCUCAAGCGGGAGCUGUUCUGUAUGCAGAGCAAUCUCAAUCCGACCAACGAUGCCACCUUCGGCCGGAUGGUCAACGCCGUCUUCCCCAACGUGCAGCAGCGCCGGCUGCGCCGGGAUUCGCACAUCAAAAAGUGGCACUACUGCGGCAUCGCCUACCGCUCCGGUGGCGGCGCUCUAUCUCCCCCAAUCUCCGCCGCUGCCACCACCCACACCGCCACUUCGGUCGUCGGCUCUCCUUUCGCCACCACCACUACCACCUCCACAACAUCCACCAGUGACGCGUCUCUCGCCACUUUUUCGUCGGCGUCUGCCUACCACCCCUCACCGCCGCACUCUAACUACCACCCGCCGCACCAUCAUCCUCCGCCAGCUUACCGCCACGGCUACCCGCCACCACCUCCGUCGUACUACUCUUCGUUGGGGCCACCGCCGCCGCUCUACACCCCGUCCUACCCCGACCAAGCCUACCGGGCGCCAACGUCGGCUCCCACACACGCCUACGGCGCCCCGCUCCCAGCCUAUGCGCUGCACCACCAUCCCGCAUCUUCCUACGUAGGCCGUUUUCACUCACGCCUUCUGCCGGUGCCUGUGCCGCUGGAUGAACUCACUGCGGUGCCGCCAUACCACCACCCGAGCGCCCAGCCGCCGCUGCUGCCCUCGACGUCGGAGCCGUUCGGAGGCCUGCCGCCUGUGCCGGCGUUCUCGCGCGUCGAAGGCCAGCUCGCCCGUGUCUACUCUCACUCCAACUCCUACUCGCCCGCGCCUGACGAAAGCGGACCGGGCAAGGGCAAGGCGCUGGCCGACCGCCACGAGAUCGGGAAUGGGCUCACCGCCUCCACCUCGGGCUCUCCGCCGAGCAUGUGGCUCCGCAAUGUCGACAACUCGUUGCCCUUCCUCAACCAGCUUCACCUCUACGCCAGCUUCUACCGACGCGAGAUGUGGGGCUUUGAACCGUUGAAUCCGCUGUGUAUGAAGACGGAUACGCUGCGCUACCUGUUCAUGACCGAAGAGGGCUCCAAGGAGCGAUCGCCGCUUUCCCUCUGCACUCACUACGCCUUGUGCGCGGGUGCACUUUUGUCGGGGCACUUCGCGCAGGCCAAGGAGCACUUUGCAGCUGCUCGGGAACAUCUGGGCUAUGUGUUCGAUUCGAGCAACUACGAUGUCGCGUGCACCCUUUGCUACAUCACCUCCGUACUGUGCGGGCAGCUCUAUGUGCGGGCCGAGGGCUACUACCUGACGCUGGGAAUGGAGACAUGUGAGAACAUCGGCGCGCAGAACGACGACCUCUACACCAUGCUUGUCAAGUCCUGCGCCAUAUACCUCCAUCGGAUCGAUGAAGAGGCUUCCACCCUCCUGCAGGCCAAAUCCGUCCCACGAUGGCGCAAGCCGUGGAAGCAGGGCAAGUACUACGUGGAGCAGUACAAGUACGGUAAGUUCGUGAGCGCGCUGCAGGAGUGCGCCGUCGAGACCCUCAAGCAGCUCGUCGUCCUCCUCCUUCGACCACCCCACCAACCACCGACGCCGGAGGAGUGGUGGACGUUGCGCGAGGCCUCUGCGUGGCGCGAGGGCACCAUCACCGGGCUGGAACAACUGUACUUGUACGACCCACCGCGACAGCUGACCACGUUCCUGCGGGCCUACGUCAUCUUCGCCCGAGCCGUGUGCAACCUGCGAGUCAACCUCGUUGACGACACGCAACAGGCCUCCUCCGACUUCCUCCAGCUCCUCAGCCGCUGCAACCGAGGUGUGGUGGCCUGCGUGUUUUCGGACCUGUGGUGGACGGGCGCGUGUGCGGAGGCCUUCGUGGGUCUGGUGGUGUUCUUGCACCGGGAACGCCGGCGGGAUCUGGUCAACCUCGCACUGGCCCUGCUGGCCCUGGUGAAGAGCGACCUGGUGUGGGCCGACCAGAUGCACGGCAGACUGGUCGCCCUCAACAUCGUCCCUACCACCACCGACGAUGGUGGUUGUGAAGGUGAAGGUGGUGGCAUACCAAUCAAGCAGGAGAAGGAGGAGCGGCAGCGAAGCGGUGACGAUGCUCACGACCUCAAUAGCCUCGGGUACCUCGGCCACCACAAGCUCAAGGCGACCGUCGAAGAGGACGGCAGCGCGCAGCUCAUCGGCACCGCAUCAGCGACGAGACAGGCAAAAGCACAGAAAAAUAAAAUGUAG